AUGGAGACGUGCAAGAGAACAAAUACUGAUUCAAUUACGUGGGCAUGCCUCUGGCUUGCCGACCCUUCGAGACUUCAAUCCCUUGUCUCCGAUGCGGAAGCUGGCAAGGCAAGUAUAGUGUCUCGUGCUGUAUUUAACAAGGACGAUAACGUCCAGAUGGCCAGAGCAUGGGUUGGACGUGCGAGGACUUCUGGCCAAGACCUAACUCCUAAAAAGCGUCCGGCGGAAGCAUAUGAAUUGUCGCCCUCCAAGAUUCCUCACCUUGUACGUGGUUCGGUGUCGUCUGGCACAGCGAGUCCGGCUCAGCCUGUGGGAUCUGGCUGUGUCACACGAUCAGUUGUUGCAAAUAAAGAUUGUAGGAGGCGCGACCAGGAGAGCUGUGUGGUCACAAAGGCAGGAGAACCAUUGGAGAUUGCUCAUAUCUAUUCCUACUCUAUGGGAAGGCGAAAGAACAGCCAGGCACAAGUUGACUUUUGGAAUACAUUAAAAUGUUUCUGGAGCCAGGAACAGGUUGCUGCAUGGGAGGUCGCUGUUCUAGGUCCCGAGGGAACUGAGACAGUUAAGAAUCUUAUAUGCCUAUCCAGCCAUGUGCAUGCUCUGUGGGCCAAAGCGCGCUUUGCGUUUAAGCCACUAGAGAUGGAUGCAGAUAAAAAAAGAUUGAAGACACCCGCCCCUUGCUUCCGAAUAACCUCGCUUCUGGCCCGAGGAACAAAGCUGUUUAACUGUAACACGGAAACCAAGAUAUGUUCCGGCGAUGUUAUUGAAUUCACUACUGAUGACCCUGACAAUCUCCCCUUACCAUCAGCCGCUCUUCUUGAAAUGCAGUGGAUCAUUGCUAGGGUUAUUGCCAUUAGCGGAGCUGCAGACGUGUCCGACGAGGAUUUCGACUCAUUUACGGACUGGCAGGGGCCGGGGUGGUACAGAGAACUUGAGGUAUCGGAUGAUGAAGAGUUUUCAGAAGAAGCACAUGUUUCUAAAGGCGAUUGGGAAUUUCCUGACGAAGAAAAGGCUCCAGGAGAAGCAGGACGAACCCCCGCUUUCGAAAUCCCCAGCACAGAUCAGGCAGAGGCCACCUGUCCUGCAGAGAACGAGCACUAA